AAAAUAUCAAGGAUUCGGCUACUGCUCUGUGCUGUUUCUCUCUUGUUGAGGCUGGAUUAUCAACAGAGAUUUGUAUAAGCUUGUUACCAGUCUCAGAGCGCACGAGCACCAAAGUGAUAGUUAUUUAGCGAAUUUAUCUGUCCAAAAAGCUCUGCUGUUCAAUCAGAAGCUCUUCGAAACUAGUGUCAAGUGGCGGACGCUGGAACUAUUACAAAUACGAAUUACUUCGAUAUCGCCGCAACGAGACAGUUUUCAAUCGAAAGCUGAAAUCAAUACGAAUUUUACGACGAAAGCUAUUAAAAGCUGAAACGACUUCAUUCAAAAAUUUGCUGUACUGGAGAGCAAAAGUUUUUAAAUAGUGUUUUAUAAUUUAUUUAACUUCUAAAAAAGUGCUUGUGCGUGUUUGGAUAUCUUGCCCAUAUCCUGAAGAUAUCCUACAAAAUCGCGCGUGCGCGCGACGAAAUAGCAAAACAAGUUUAAUAAGUUUAAAUCAACUAUCGAAGCUGAAAAGAAGAACAGUUUACAAGCUGGAGUUGUUGAAAAAUAGCUAACAAAAUGAGACGUCAGCAGUCAUGGGACAUGCAAAAGCAAGAGUACUCGCAAGAGUGCACGGAGACUCAGGUCACCCGACAGCAAAUCACUCAACAGAGAGUUCAAGGGGAAAUGAUCGUGCAAACCACACCUACAAUACCAGCUUUCUCAGGUAGACCAGGGGAUCCAUCACCACCAGUUUUUGAGCAAAUUUUCAGGAAUGCUCGAUUUGCUCAAGGAGGCAAUGCCAUUUUUGAAGGUCGUGUGAAAGGAAAUCCAAAGCCUGAAGUAUCAUGGACUCAUAAGGGUGCACCAUUGUACGAAACACAAAAAGUACAUAUGUCAUAUGAUGAGAGAACAGGCAAUGUAAAACUGCAAAUUAAUCAGAUUGGACCCGGAGAUGAAGGGGAAUAUACAUGUCAUGCAAAAAAUCAAUAUGGAGAAGGAAUUUGUUCCGUUUAUAUUCAACCGGAAGGUUUUAAUCAAGUACCUCAACCAAGUUAUAAAAAGGAGGUUCACUCAUACCAACAAUAUUCUAUUGGUAAUGGUAGCGGCUCCCAUGCUAUUGAAGAUUUUAAGGUUGAUACAUUUGAAUAUAGAAUUCUACGUGAAGCAGAGUAUCGUGAGUCUAUUACCCGUAGAUUUGUUGGAGAAACAGACACAAAAAUUACUACUGUAGUCGAUCGUAGUCUUGGACCCGCUUCUCCAUCACAAAUUAUUCAAAAACCUCGAAGUUCAAAGCUUACUGAAGGUUCUGACGCUGUUUUUAUGGCAAAAAUUUCAGGAAAUCCAAAACCCAGAAUAACAUGGUUUAAAGACGGGCAACGUUUACGAGACUCACAACAUAUUGAAACCUUUUAUUCAAAUCAGCAAGCUCAUCUAAAGAUCCAUGGUAUAUCUCCUAAAGAUACUGGACAUUAUUCUUUACUUACUGAAAAUCCUCAAGGAUGUUCAAUUAGCUCAGCAUAUCUAGCAGUUGAGGCAAAUGAUCAGAUUGACUCUGUGCCAACCCAGUCUACACAAACAACGACUGAAACUAUGAAAUGUUUUCACUCUGAAACUCAAGGAUCAGAUUAUUCUAACACUGAAAGCGGUAAAAUAUUGGCUCCAAAUUUUAUUCGCACUGCUGGUGAUCGAGAUGUGACUGAGGGAAAAAUGACAAGAUUCGACUGCCGCGUUACCGGUCGGCCGUAUCCAGAAGUUACGUGGUACAUAAAUGGUUAUCCUGUAACCAAUGAUACUACGCAUAAAAUUCUAGUGAAUGAAACAGGCAGUCAUUCACUUAUGAUAACGAGUGUUAACAAAUCAGAUAAUGGCGUCGUUGUGUGUAUUGCUAAGAAUAAAGCCGGUGAGACAUCUUUUCAAUGCAAUUUGAAUGUGAUUGAAAAAGAACAACUAGUGGCACCGAAAUUUGUUGAGCGAUUUACUACAGCUACAGUAAAAGAGGGUGAACCUGUAACUUUUACUGCUCGAGCAGUGGCAUCACCUGCACCGAGAAUCACUUGGCAGAAAGAUGGAGUAUCGAUAACAUCUGGUCCAAACAUUCGUAUUUCUACGGAUGCUAAUGGCUCAUCAACUUUAGAUAUUUUUCAAGCUAAAUUCAAUGAUGCUGCAUGGUAUCAGUGUUCCGCUCAAAAUAUGGCUGGAACAACAGCUACUCGUGCUCGUUUAUUCAUUGAAACUAAAAAACCUCCAGCUCCUGAACCUCCUAAGCGUCUGAAUUUACCGAGACCAACAAGAGUCAUUGAACCAGAACCUAUACCAAGUCCUGAAAUUAUUAAUUUGAAACAUGUAGAGCGGCCAAAACCACAUUUACCUCCUCAUGAAGAAGAUCGGGUGUAUUCUCCUCCAAGAUUUAUUGUACCAUUAAGAGAUUUUCAAAUUACAGAAGGUGGCCGGGUUCACUUUGAAGCUAGAAUAGAACCUGUUGGUGACCCUACAAUGAGAGUAGAAUGGUUUUUAAAUGGAAAAAUUUUAUAUGCUAGUUCUCGAGUAACUACAGUUUUCAGAUUCGGAUUUAUAGCUCUAGACUUAAUCAGUAUAAUCAAAGAAGACAGCGGGGAGUACACAUGUCGUGUAAUAAGCUCAACCGGAGCAGCAGAAUCUCGAGCUAGUCUGAACGUUAUUCCACGAGCUACCAUUGAGCAAACGAGCCAACAUCCUGAAAGUCUUCGUUACAUAGAACAAUUAGAAGAUUACAGCAAGUACCAAAAACAAGAAAUCAUUGAUGAAACCUCUCUACAGCGGCCAGUUUUCAUCCGACCACUCCAAGAUCUUGGUGAAUUACCAGAAGGAAGAAAUGCACAUUUUGAAGCGCAACUAACUCCAGUAAGCGAUCCAACGAUGAAAGUGGAGUGGUACAAAGAUGGAAGAUCAAUUACAGCUAGUUCUAGGAUUACAAGCAUCUUCAACUUCGGAUACGUCUCACUCAAUAUAAUGCACCUACGGAGUGAAGAUGCUGGAUCUUACACUGUAAGAGCUUUUAACCGCUUAGGAGAGGCAAUCAGUUCUGCAUCUUUAAGAGUAUUUGCCCGUACUGAUGUUACUGCGGAUCUCGGAAUUCCCGAGCAACAAAGAUACAUUGAGGCUGCCGAAGAGUUAGAAGCUUAUCAGCAAAACGUUCACAAGAAAUAUGUCCAAGAGCCAUUAGAAAAAUUCAUUCCACCGGUAUUUAAAGGCCCUAUCAAAGACCAAUUGAAUAUUAGAGAGGGUGGUUUUGCACAUUAUGAAGCUCAACUCGAACCAGUUGGAGAUUCUUCACUUCAAGUAGAGUGGCUAAAAGAUGGUCGUCCGGUCGAAGCUAGUUCACGCAUAACGACAUUCUUCAAUUUUGGAUAUGUUGCUCUCACAAUUAAAUAUGUUACUAUACGCGAUGCUGGUAUUUAUACGUGUCGUGCAUAUAGUCGUGCAGGAGAAGCACAUACUUCAGCUCAAAUGAGUGUAAUUACUAAAAAUGAUAUUAUCUACGAUAGCCAACAUCCGAGUGGAUUACAGCAAAUACAAAAUUUAGAAGAUUCUUCUCGAUACGUUCGAAAAAUUGAAGAAGAACAGCAGAUAAAUCAAGCACCGAAAUUUUUAGGGCCAUUAAAAGGUACCAAUAAGAUUGUCGAAGGUCAAAGGGCUCAUUUUGAAGCUCGUGUUGAGCCUCAGAAUGAUUUAAAUCUUCAAAUUGAAUGGUACCACAAUGGUAAAGCUAUUACGGCUGCUAAUAGAAUUCAAACUUAUCACGAUUUUGGUUAUGUUGCUAUUGAUAUUCUCCAAGUUCGAACAGAAGAUGCUGGUACAUAUACUGUGGUAGCAAAAAAUAAUUUAGGUGACGCGAAAUUAUCUUCCAUGAUGGUGGUUGAAACUCGAUCUAGUAUUGAUACUAGUACAAUGCAUCAUGGAACUUAUGAAAAAACUCAGCGUUUAGAAGAAUCCAAAUUCGAAGAACCAAGAUACUUUAUUGAAGAAAUUUCAAAGUCAAAGCCCAUAUUUACUCAACUUUUGAGUGAUCAGCCACCAGUAAGCGAAGGUAAAAAUAUUCAUUUAGAAUGUCGUUUGGAACCAAUGGGUGAUCCGACCAUGCGCGUUGAAUGGUUCCAAAAUGGUAGACCAAUAGCAGUUGGUUCAAGGUUUAGAACUUAUUAUGAUUUUGGAUAUAUAGCCCUUGAUAUAAUCCAUGCGAAUGCUAUUGAUUCGGGAGAAUACACUGUCCGAGCUACAAAUCAUUUAGGAUCAGCUCAUACAUCUGCCUGUGUUAGAGUCAUCGGUCGGUCAGACAUAGAAACUGAAACGCAACAUGAACAAGCACUUGAGCAAAUACAAAUGUUAGAAGAUUCAUCGCGAUACAGAAAAACGCAGCAAGAAGAAAUCACAGUUCAGCAAGCACCACAAUUUACUCGACCACUUCACAAUAUCGAAACUGUUGAGUUAACGAACGUACAUUUAGAAUGUCGAGUACAACCCGUCGGAGAUGUUUCGAUGAGGGUUGAUUGGUUUGUCAACGGAAGACCAGUGAAGACUGGUCAUCGUUUCAGACCUUCUUAUGAAUUUGAUUAUGUAGCACUUGAUAUUCUAGGAGUUUAUCCUGACGAUUCCGGGGUCUAUACUUGUCAAGCUCGCAAUCAACUUGGAGAAGCCGUUACUUCGUGCUCAGUACGAGUACAUGCUAAAAAAGAUUUGAUUCUUGACACUCAACACCCAGAAGGUCUUGAGAGAAUUCAAUAUUUGGAAGAUGCAUCUAAAUAUAAGAGACAUGAAUUUGUUGAUGAAGUUGUUAAUAUCAAACCAAAAUUCGUUACUCAUCCAAAAAAUCAAGAGAAUCUAAGAGAAGGUCAACAUGCUCAUUUUGAGUGUAAAUUAGAGCCAGUCACUGAUUCCAAUUUGAAAGUAGAAUGGUACAAAAAUGGACGUCCAGUUACUGUUGGGCAUAGAUUCCGACCGAUUCAUGAUUUUGGAUACGUAGCACUAGACGUGAUUGAUCUCAUUGCUGAAGAUUCCGGCAUAUAUACUUGUAGAGCUGUUAAUCUUGUUGGAAGUGACGAAGUGUGUUGUAAUCUCAGUUGUAGAUCUACAGCACAAAUCCUCACUGAUACUCAAAAUGAAACAGGUCUAGAACAAAUACAUUAUCUUGAAGACAAAUCGAAAUUCAAUCGUCGAGAAGAUAUUGAAGAAACAACAACUCAAGCUCCAAUAUUUACGACUUCUUUAAACGAUGUUGAGAUUAAAGAAGGUCAACGAGCACAUUUUGAGUGUAGAUUAAUUCCAGUAUCUGAUUCAACGAUGUCAGUAGAAUGGUUCCAUAACAACGCUCCGGUUAAAUCAGGUUCACGUUUUAUUGAAACCAACAGUUUUGGAUUCGUUGCCUUGGACAUAAUGUAUGCGUAUCCAGAAGACGCUGGAACAUACACUUGCCGGGCUAAAAAUGCAAUCGGUGAAGCAAUUACGUCAGCAAGUGCGCUUGUGCAUUCAAAAAAAUCAAUUUACUUAGAAACUCAAAACGAAGAAGCUUUACAAAAAGUUCGCCAAUUAGAAGAUCAUUCAAGAUAUCAACGUAAAACUGUACAAGAAGAAAUUAUAACUCAAGCACCACUUUUUACAAUGCCAAUAAAAGAUUUGCAAGUAGCUGAAAAUCAGGCUGCUCAUUUUGAAGCUCGAGUAAUUCCUGUCGGUGAUUCUAAACUUCAAGUUCAAUGGUUAAGAAAUGGAGUGCCAAUUUCAGCAUCGAAUCGUGUUACAACAAUGCAUGAUUUUGGAUACGUGGCUCUAAACAUGAAGUAUGUCAAUCCUGAAGAUGCUGGCACGUACACUUGUCGAGCGGUAAAUGAUUUAGGAGAAGCAGUUACUUCAGCCACAUUAUUUGUACAAUCUAAAGCUGCACUGCAAUUCGAAUCUCAGCAUGAAGGAGUUAUGACUAAACUUCAAGCUCUUGAAAGUUCAAACAAAUAUCAAAGACGAGAAGAAGAAGAAGUAACAGUUAUUGAAAAACCCAAGUUCACUGUCCAAUUAAAUGGUCCGAAGAAUUUGAUCGAAGGUCAAAGCGCCCAUUACGAGUGUCGAAUAGAGCCUUACCCAGAUUCUAAUUUGAAAGUUGAAUGGUUCCAUAAUGGUAAACCAUUAUCAACUGGCCAUAGAUAUAGAACUGCAUAUGAUUUUGGUUUUGCGUCGCUUGAUAUAUUGUCCGUUUACGCAGAAGAUUCAGGCAUCUAUACUUGUAAGGCUACCAAUAAACUUGGUCAGACACAAAGUAUUAUUGAACUUAAUGUUAAAUCGCGAGCAUCUAUAAUUCACGAAACUCAACAUGAAGGAGCUUUAAAAAAAAUACAAUAUUUAGAAGAUGAUUCACGUUAUAGGCGAAACGACAAAGAAGAUGUAAUAAUAGCUGAAAAACCCAAAUUUGGAAGACCAUUGAAAAACAUAGAACAUCUAACAGAAGGAAAAAGUGCCCAUUUAGAAGCAACUUUAACACCAGUGAAUGAUCCGACUAUGACUGUGGAAUGGUUUAGAGAUGGAAGGCCAAUACCUCAAGGACACAAAAUAAAAACUAUAUAUGAUUUUGGAUAUGUGGCUCUAGAUGUUUUGUAUGCUUAUCCAGAAGACUCUGGAACUUACAUGUGUAAGGCUAGAAAUGCUCUGGGAGAAGCCGUUACAACUUGUGUUAUAACUGUUGAUUCUAAACAAGGAUUGUAUCUUGAUACACUUGAUGCUCAGCGCCUUGAAAAGAUUCGUGAAUUGGAAACGGUAGAAAUCAAGCAAGAGGCAGAGAAAGAAAUAGUUUAUCAAAAACCAGUUUUCUUGAUUCCUUUAAGUAAUCUCGAUUUAAAAGAAGCCGAGCAUGCUCAUUUGGAAACUCGACUUGAACCAAUCAAUGACGCUAAUUUGAAAAUUGAAUGGUUUGUAAACGGAAAACCAGUGAAAACUGGUCAUCGUUUCCGAACAACGCAUGAUUUCGGAUAUGUGGCUCUCGAUAUUCUUUAUAGCUAUGCCGAAGAUUCUGGUACUUACAUGUGUAAGGCUACAAACUUAGCUGGAGAAGCUGUUAAUACUUGCACUAUCAAAGUUGGAUCUCAUCGAAGUCUCGUUCUUGAUACACAACAUCCCGAUGGACUUGAAAAAAUUAGAGAACUAGAAGCUCAAGGUAGACCAGCAAAAUUAGAAAUUGAAGAACUUCCCGUAUUUCCUCCAAGAUUCCUUACAGAGCUAAGAGGUACGACUAAUGUAUUUGAAGGACAAACCGCUCACUUCGAAUGCCAGGUUGAACCACUUCAUGAUGCUAACUUGCGAAUUGAAUUUUUCCACAACGAUAAGCCAUUGCCAUCAGCAUCUAGGUUCCAUGUUACAUUUGACUUCGGAUACGUUGCUCUUGACAUCAAUCACACAGUACCUGAAGAUGCAGGAAAAUAUUCUGUCCGCGCUAUUAACAGUCUUGGGCAAUGUAUAUCUUCUAUUGACCUGAAAGUUGAAGCAAAAGACAGUAUAAUUACUGAAUCUCAAAGACCCGAAGGAUUAGAUAAGAUUCGUGAACUUGAAUCUCAACAACCAUGGAAAAAAUCUGAUAUUCCAGAACAGAAAACUACUCAAAGACCAGUUUUUACUCAACCUUUGCAAAAUAUUGAUAACAUUCCGGAAAAUCAGACUGCUCACUUUGAGUGUAGAUUAAUUCCCGUUGGAGAUUCGACUAUGAAAGUAGAAUGGUACAGAAACGAAAAGCCAAUUGAAAUGAGCUCAAGAAUAUCAAAAGUUCAUGAUUUUGGAUAUGUAGCUCUAGAUAUUUCUCAUGUUCGUGAAGAAGAUGAAGGAGUUUAUAUGUGCAAAGCUGUUAAUGCUUUGGGAGAGGCUGUCACAACUGCUUCAAUGAAAAUUCUAUCUAAAGCGACCAUUCAGCUAGGUACUCAACAUCCAGAAGCUCAAUUAAAAAUUGCCAUGUUAGAAGCUGAUAAAACUCCGAAACGAGUUGAGGAACCUGAAAAAUUAUUUGACAAACCUAUAUUUACGCAACUUCUUACGGGUCCGAGUGAAUUAGUAGAAGGGCAACUAGCUCGCUAUGAAUGCAGAGUGGUUCCAGUUGGUGAUGCUAACCUACGUUUCGAAUGGUACAUCAACGGUCUUGAACUUCAAAUUGGAUCUCGGUAUCAUGUCAAUCAUGAUUUUGGAUAUGUUACACUUGAUAUCAUGAAAGUCAUUCCAGAAGAUUCUGGUGUAUACACAUGCAAAGCAAUCAACAAAGCAGGUGAAGCAGUAUCGUCUAUUUCACUGAAAGUAAAAGCUCGAUCAGCAAUAGCAGAUGAAGCUCUUCAACCAGAAGCAUGGCAAAAAAUACAACUGAAAGAAGCCGAAAUGAAUAAAGUGCCAAACAUGUUUAUCGAUACUACACCUCAACAGGCUCCAGUUUUCACAACACAUCUCAAAAACUAUGAUAAUUUAGUUGAAGGUCAACAUGUUUAUUUAGAAGCCCAAGUCGAACCGCGAGCUGAUCCAAAUCUUCGUGUCGAAUGGUAUAAAAAUGGUGUUGCUUUACAAACGGGGACACGUCUUCGCAGCACAUUCGAUUUCGGAUUAGUCUCUUUAUCCAUUAAUGGUCUUCGAUCGGAUGAUUCAGCUAUAUAUACGUGUAAAGCGACAAAUUUACUAGGGGAAGCUGUAUCAACAUGUUCUCUUAAAAUUGCUGACAGACACUGGCUCUACGGCGAUACUUUACAUCCUGACGCUCUUCCAAAAAUAAGUGCUCUUGAGCAACCAGCUGAAAUCUCCUCUGAAAAACCAGAGCCAAUCUACGAAGAACCUAUAUUUAUUAGUCAUUUAAAUAAUGUGGAAUGUACUGAAGGUGAUAAUGUUCACUUUGAAUGUACAGUUGAACCAUCCAAAGAUCCAACAAUGAAAAUUGAAUGGUUCCUCAAUGGAAAACCUUUGCCACACGGUGCUAGGUUCAAAUCAACAUACGAUUUUGGUUACCUUUCUUUAGAUUUAAUGAAUGCGUACGAAGAAGAUUCUGGAAUAAUCACAGUUAAAGCAACAAAUUCAAAAGGUUCAUCUCAAACUUCAGGCAGUCUUAAAUGCACUAGUAAACAGAGCAUUUAUUUGCAAACUCAACAUCCUCAAGGUGAGGCUGGAUUUGAAAAAGUGAAGGAAGUAGACGAAGCUUUUGCAUCUAAAGGUACAAAGCAAAUUAGUCAAAUUGAGAAAGAAUAUCCUAAACCUGUUUGGACAACUCAACUUCGGGAAGAAACAAAAUUAGAUGAAACUGAAACACUUCAUUUAGAGGGAAUCGUUGAACCAAAAGAUGAUCCUAAUUUAAAAAUAGAAUGGUACUUUAAUGGAAAACUUUUACAACAUGGUUCACGUUUUAAAACAACCUGUGAUUUUGGUUUCGUAACGUUUGAUUUAAGCGAAGCUUAUGAUAGAGAUUCAGGAAUCUACACUUGCAAAGCAUAUAAUAAGGCAGGAGAAGCUUUCACUUCAUCAGCACUUUAUUGCACAUCGAGAGAUAACAUUAUUGAGUUAUCUCAACAUCCAAAAGGUAAAGAAGGACUUGAAGCUAUACAAGAUUUAGAAGAAUCAUUGAGAAAACAAACCAAAGCUACAGUUGAGAGCGAUGACGGCAAAGCUCCGGUUUUCGUAUCCAAAUCCGAAGAUAUUUCAAAUCUGUCAGAGGGAGAGCUUGCUCAUUUUGAAGGAACUCUUAUUCCUAUUGGAGAUCAAACUAUGAAAGUUGAAUGGUUUUUCAACGGCAAACCCGUUGAAGCAAGCCAUCGUAUACGUACUGUAUACGCUUUCGGAACUGUAGUUCUUGAAGUUUUGGGUACUAAAAUUGAAGAUUCUGGUAUUUAUUCUUGUAAAGCAACAAACAAGUGGGGUACCUCCGAAAUACAUUUGAAUCUAGAAUGCGUAGAUAAAUCACAAGGUCAAAAGCCACGGUUUACCACUCAAAUUCAGUCUCUACAUGGUUUAAAAGAUAAUCAAUCAGCUCACUUUGAAUGUACUUUAGUACCAACUGGAGAUCCAAGUAUGGUAGUUGAGUGGUUCCACAAUGGGCAACCAUUACGUCAUUCUUCUCGUUACAAAAUGUUAUCAGAUUUUGGAUUUGUUGUAAUGGACAUAGCUGGUGUAAUGUCACACGAUUCUGGUGAGUAUGUUUGCAAAGCAAGUAACAAAUAUGGAGAAGAUUAUACCAAGGCAACUUUACAAUGUUUUGGAAAGAGUGGAGUUUAUUCAGAUAGCUUGCAACCAGAUGCUCUUGCUAAAAUAAGAGAACUUGAAACUUACACAGGAGAUCAACAAGCUAUAUCCCCAAUUACAAUUAGCCAACCUCCAAAGUUCAUUUCCCAGAUAAAUGAUAUUUCAAAAUUAGUUGAAGGACAAUCAGCUCAUUUUGAGGCAAAAUUAACUCCGAUUACUGAUCCAGAUCUAAAAGUUGAAUGGUUUUGCAAUGGUAAGAAGUUACCGCACGGACAUCGGUAUCGUACUUUCCAUGAUUUUGGUAUAGUUAUUUUGGACAUAUUAUAUUGUUACGAAGAAAAUUCAGGAGAAUAUGAAUGCGUUGCAACGAAUAAACAAGGUCGUGACUCUACAAAAGCAACGCUUAGAUGCUUGUCUAAAGCCAAUUUGAUUCUUGAAUCGCAAUUACCUAAGAGUAUGGAAGGAGGUCUUCAGAAAAUUCAAAAUCUAGAAGAUUCGUUAAUCAAAACAAACGAUGAGAAUGUUAUGGAAACUAAAGGAACAGCUCCAGUUUUCACAAGUCCAUUGAGUAAUUUAGAUGGACUGCGAGAAGGAGAGAGUGCACAUUUUGAAGCGCGUUUGACUCCAACUAAUGAUACGAAAUUGAAGGUCGAAUGGUUCUGGAAUGGAAAACCAUUGAAAACUGGUACUCGUUUCCGUACUUUCUGUGACUUUGGUUUUGUGGUUCUUGAAAUAUCCCCUAUAUACCCAGAAGAUUCUGGAGAAUACAGUUGUCGAGCAAUAAAUGAUUAUGGAGAAGCUGUAACAACUUGCUCAAUGAAAUGUACAGGAAAACGUAGCAUAAUAUUAGAGUCCCAACUUCCCAAAGGAAUGGAAGGUACGAUCGAUAAAAUUGCUGAAUUGGAAGGACUUGGAAUAGAAUCUGUACAAAUGAUAUUUGAUGACGAUACUGGAAAACCACCAGAAUUUAUCACAACACCAUCUGAUUUAAGUCUUUCAGAAAAUUCUUUGGCUCACUUUGAAUGUAGAUUACAACCAGUUAAUGAUUCUAGCAUGAGAGUUGAAUGGUUCCACAAUGGAAAACCACUUCUAGCAGGUUCUCGAGUUAAAACUAUUUAUGAUUUUGGAUUUGUCAUUUUGGAAGUUGCUAAUUGUUAUCAAAGAGAUUCGGGUCUUUACACUUGCAAAGCCAUUAAUAGUCACGGAGAAGCGACUGUAUCAUGUAAACUUCAGGUUCGCGGAAGACAAGGAAUUAUAUUAGAACCUCAAUUACCAAAUAAUUUUAAAACUGGUACAGAGAGUAUUCAAAAACUUGAAGAACUUCUGUAUAAAAAAGAUGAAAUCUUAUCAGAAGAAGAAAAGCCAAAUCCUCCCAAAUUCAUUGUAGAGUUAAAAGAUAUAGAAGUUAUGGAAGGUGAAUCUAGUCAUUUUGAUUGUCGUGUUGAACCUGUUGGAGACUCUACAAUGCGAAUUGAUUGGUACCAUAAUGGUAGACCUUUCGCAACCGGAUCAAGAGUUCAUCAAAUCAAUGAUUUUGGAUUCAUUUCCUUAGACUUAUCUUAUACAUACGCGAGAGAUAGUGGAGAAUAUGUUUGCAGAGCUACAAAUAGAUGGGGCACUGCUACAUCAAAAGCCACAAUUAUUUGUACAUCUAAAAAGUCUAUUGAUUUUGAUUCACAAUUACCAUCAGGAUUGAGUGGAGAAAAAUUAAAAGAAUUAGAGAAAGGUCCUACAACGGUGGCUCCACAACCGGAAAAACCUCGUCAACCUCCAAGAUUUAUUACGCAAAUAAAAUCUGCAACUGUCGAAGAAAAUGAAAACGUUCGUUUUGAAUGUCAAGUAGAACCCAGAGAUGAUUCUAAUUUACGUAUAGAGUGGUAUAGAAAUGGAAAACUCAUUCCCGCAGGCCAUAGAUAUCGUACAACUUAUGAUAUGGGCUUUGUAUCAAUGGAUAUUUUAUAUGUUUAUCCUGAAGAUUCUGGAACUUAUGUGUGUAAAGCUAUAAAUGAUUUAGGUGAAGAUUCAACUCAAGCUUCAGUUUCUUGCAAAACUCUUCCAAGUAUCAUUCUUCAGAAUCAAGUUCCAAAAGGAAUGAAAAAGUCGGAAGCAUUAAUGCAAAUGGAAGCGACAAUAAAAAAAUAUACGUCAGAAGUACAUCUUACAGAAGAAGACUUAUACGAUGCUGAGAAAAAGCAACCACCUCGUUUUGUCACACAAAUAAAAGACGAGGUAGAUCUCGUGGAAAUGAAUAGUAGCAAAUUUGAAUGUCAACUAGCCCCUGUUGGAGAUCCAAAUAUGAAAGUUGAAUGGUUUUUGAAUGGAAAGCCUUUGCCACAUAAGAAUAGAUUCACUCCAAUUUAUGACUUUGGUUAUGUUGCAAUGAAUUUUGGAUGGGUAUAUCCCGAAGAUAGCGGCGAAUAUUUAUGUAGGGCUACAAAUCUUUAUGGGUCGGAUGAAACAAAAGCAAUUAUCAAAACGAUCGGAAAACCGGGAAUAAUUUAUGAUUCCCAACUUCCAAAAGGUAUGAAGAGUAUCGAAAAAAUACGUGAAAUGGAGGCAUCGUGGCAAGUUACUGCCGAAGAAGUAACCGAAACAGAAAAAGUACGAGCAGCUCCUACAUUCGUUAGCAAGCCUGAAGCAGUGACAGUGGAAGAAGGAGAUUUGUCAAGAUUCUGUUGUAGAGUAACUGGUUAUCCAAAACCACGAGUUAUUUGGAACAUUAACGGCCAUACAGUAGUAAAUGGCUCCCGCUAUAAGUUAACAUAUGAUGGCAUGUACCACAUGGACAUACCAAAAACAAGGCAAUAUGACAAUGGCAAAAUUGAAGUUAUAGCUAGAAAUUCUUUGGGAGAAACUCGAACUGAAACUACACUUACAGUAAAACCUCGUAGUGAUGACUAUCGAGGAGUUCUCAAAUCAUCACCUAGACCUUGGUAUGAUUAUGAUCUUAUUCAGCAUCAAAGUGAUAAAAAAGAAACUGAAUUGGAAAAAGUUUUCGAUGAAAGAUCUCAGAAUACUACUCAAACUACUGCGGUUACCACAGAGCACUUGCGCCAGAAAAUGGUGGACAAACCCGUGCCCGAAUGGCAAAAAACGGUAAAAUCUAAAAAGAAUGAAGAUUAUUACAAUAAAUUAAUGAACCUCGAAGAAGAACAAAUACUCAAAGAAUCAAGGCUAAGAGAAACGUCUCAUCAAUUUGCAAUACCAGGAGAAAAAAUUAUAAAUAAUUCUGUUGCUAAAGGAAUGGCUCAAAAGUAUCAAGAAACUUUAGAAUCUCAAUCUCAUGAUGCAUCGCAAUCAUCAAAGGUUUUGAAUAAGUUUACCACUCAAGUAGAUAUUGAUUCUCAAAAGCACGAAGGACCAAAACAUUAUCCUGGGCCGUCAGAGUCAGCUGUUCAUGGUCGAGAAGUUCAUGUAGCAAAACAAAAGCAAACUCAAAAGGAAGUAAGAGAUGAUAUGGAAAUUACACGAAAAAUUACAGCAACAGAAACUACCGAAGUAGAACAUAAGGCUAAAACUCAAGAAAGAGUCGUACAUGGUCCCGUCAAGCCCUCCAAACCACCAGUUUUUACUAAAAAAAUUCAACCUUGUCGGGCGUUUGAACAGGAGCAAGCUAAAUUUGAAGUUGAAUUCGAUGGCGAUCCUAUGCCUACCAUAAAAUGGUAUCGUGAAGAUUUUCCUAUAACAAAUUCAUCUGACUUACGAAUCUCAACAUUUGGAACGAAAUCUAUAUUAAUAGUUCAGCAAGUGUUCAUGGAAGAUUCUGGCGUUUUUUCUGUAAUUGCUGAAAAUAGAGGCGGGAGAGCUAAAUGUAGCGCAAAUCUUGUUGUAGAAGAAAAACGCAGACCUGGACGUACUGGUGUAGUUCCUCCUAGUUUUAUUACUACAAUUCAAAAUGUGGUUGUUAAGAAUGGUCAAUUAGCUAGAUUUGAUGCUAAAGUAACCGGUACUAAACCAAUUGAUGUUUAUUGGUUAAAGAAUGGGAAAAAAAUUAGACCUGAUAUUCGAUACAAGACUUUGGAAGAAGACGAUAUCUAUACUCUCUUAAUUUUAGAAAGUGUUCCAGAUGAUAACGGUAAAUAUGAAUGUGUCGCAAUAAACAGCGCAGGAGAAGCUCGUUGCGAAGCUGAAUGUACUGUUCAAAAACUCCAAACGCAGCAAAAAACAUCAAAAACAUUAUCAACUGACAUAGAACAAAUUCCAACCAUUCUGCAACCUUUGCAAGACCAAACAAUCAAAGAAGGAACUUCGGUUGCAUUUUCUUGUCGUGUAGUUGGAAAACCUAUUCCAAAUAUUCAAUGGAAAAAAGGUGAUAAAGUAAUCAAACCGUCUAAGUAUUUCCAAAUGCAGAAAGAAGUUGAUCUGUGUACAUUAAGAAUAUCAGAGGCAUUUCCGGAGGAUGAAGGUAUUUACAAAUGUAUUGCAAAAAAUAAUGCUGGAGAAGUAACUACUUCCGCUAAUCUAAAAGUUCUUGCUCCUGAUUCAUCAGACGUAUUUCCAAAACUGACACCUUUGAGAGAUCAAAUUGUUUUAGAAGGUCAGCCUGCCCAAUUCAAAACACAAGUUUUACCAGCAAAACUUAAACCUACAAUACAAUGGUAUCGUGAAGGUGUACUUAUUCCAGAAUCGCCUGAUUUUCAAAUGAUUCAUGAAGGCAAUAAUGCAGUGCUAUUAAUUGCGACUACAUACGAAGAAGAUACUGGAACAUUUACUUGUCGAGCUACAACUGCAGCUGGCACUGUUGAAUCAUCAGCUAAACUCAUCGUUAAAAAAAGAAAAGGAGUAUACUAUGAGAAUGUAGUUUCGGAAAAAGAAGAACAUAAUUCUUUUGCAAAAGAUACAAACCUUCGAUUUGGAUCUAUUGUCGAUGACGAAACCAUAAAAAAGUUAAAGAAAAAUGUAGUGGAGCUGGAUGAAGAAGGUUUUCCUAUUGGCACUCCUUUGCAGCCUGGCGAUGAAACAUUAGCAUGGCGAAAAGGACGUGCUAGUCAUAGACCACGACCCUUGGAAAAAACUCCGUGGAGAAAAUUAAAAAAUGAUAAAGAGGAUAAAAAGGAAAAACCUUCCCUUGAAAAUGAAAAAUUAAAAUCAUGGACAAAUGAAGAAGUAUUAUUGAAAAAAAUUCAGAGAGUAGUCAAGGAUAUUCCGAAAGAAAAACUACAAGAAAUAGAAUUAAAACCAACUAAAACCGAAAAAAAAGAAAUGACCAAGGAAAAAAUAGAAUACGUGGCUUUGAAGCCUGUCGAAAAACACAUAUCUAAAGAGCAGAUAUUUAUUGAAAAACUUAUGGCUGAAACAGAUAAUGCAGAUGUCGAUAAAAUUUUGGACGAAACUUUAAAUAUUUAUUCCGAUAUUAAAAUAGAUAAACAGUCAUGGAAAGAUGAACAAAUUAAUUUAAAACCAACUAAACCGAUGAAAAAAAAAUUACGUAAAGAAAAAUAUGAGGCAAUCACUCUAAAACAUGUAGUGAAAGAGAAUAAUUUAGUACAAAAGCCGAAAAUAGAAAAGGUUGAAUUAAAACACAUUUCAGAGAAUGAACAAAAUCUUGCGGAAUACGUUGAUACAGAAGAUAACGCAAGAUUGAGCUCGAAGCAGAAAGUGAAGACUACAGAACAACGCAAAGAGUACCCAAGCGAAAAAACUCUUAAAAAAACAGAAAAAAUUCAAAAAAGAAAGGAAGAAGACGUCGUAGAUUUUGUACAACAACAAGAAGAAUACCCAUUUGUUACAGAAAACGUUGAGAUCAGGACGACGAUCGAAAAGAUACCAAUUGAGACCCCCACCGAAACUACUCACGCCCCAUGGGUACGCAGUAAAAAAAAGCAAGUCCCAAUGAAACCACAGCUGCAGGAAAAAACUGAAGUUACGUUACCAAUGGAAAAAAAAUCGGACGAGAAACCAGUUGAAAAAAAUCAAGCCCCAUGGAUAAGUGGUAAGAAAAAAUCAGUUCCAAUUAAAUCAAAGUUUGAAGAAAAGUUUACGGAAACAAUUGAUAAAACGACAGCAACUUUGAAAGUUCAAGAAAAAGUGUCUCAAGUAGAAUUACCAACUGAAGAAAAGCCAGAUGAGAAACCGGUUGAAACUAUUCAGGCUCCAUGGAUUCGUGGUAAGAAAAAACCGGCCACAAUUGAACCAAAGUUUAAAGAAAAGUUUACGGAAACAACUGAUAAAACGACAGCUACUUUAAAAGUUCAAGAAGAAGUGUCUCAAGUAGAAUUACCAGCCGAAGAAAAGCCGGACGAGAAAACGGCUGAAACUACUCAAGCUCCAUGGGCUCGUGGUAAGAAGAAACCAGUCGCAAUUAAACCACAGUUGGAAGAAAAACCUACGGAAAAGAUCGAAAAAACUACAGCAUCUUUGACGGUUACCGAAGAAGUGUCUCAAAUAGAGUUAUCGACUGAACAAAGGCUGGAUGAGAAACCGGUUGAAACUACUCAAGCUCCGUGGGUUCGUGGUAAGAAAAAACCCAUUCGAACUGAACAAAAAAUUGAAGAAAAGUUUACGGAAACAACUGAUAAAAGAAAAGCAACUUUGAAAGUUGAAGAAGAUGUGUCUCAAGUAAAACUACUAACCGAAGAAAAGCCGAACGAAAAACCGGUUGAAACUACUCAAGUUCCAUGGGUUCGUGGUAAAAAGAAACCAGUCGCAAUUCAACCACAGUUGGAAGAAAAACCUACGGAAAAGAUCGAAAAAACUACAGCAUCUUUGACUGUUACAGAAGAAGUAUCUCAAGCUGAAUUAGCAACUGAAGAAAAGCCGGACGAAAAACCGGUUGAAACUACUCAAGUUCCAUGGGUUCGUGGUAAAAAGAAACCAGUCGCAAUUAAACCACAGUUGGAUGAAAAACCUACAGAAAAGAUCGAAAAAACUACAGCAUCUUUGACGGUUACAGAAGAAGUAUCUCAAGUAGAAUUACCAGCUGAAGAAAAGCCGGACGAAAAACCGGUUGAAACUACUCAAGUUCCAUGGGUUCGUGGUAAGAAAAAACCCAUUCGAACUGAACAAAAAUUUGAAGAAAAGGUUAUGGAAACAACUGAUAAAAGAACAGCAACUUUGAAAGUUGAAGAAGAUGUGUCUCAAGUAAAACUACUAACCGAAGAAAAGCCAGACCAGAAACCGGUUGAAACUACUCAAGCUCCAUGGGUUCGUGGUAAGAAGAAACCAGUCGCAAUUAAACCACAGUUGGAAGAAAUACCUACGGAAAAGAUCGAAAAAACUACAACAUCUUUGACGAUUACAGAAGAAGUAUCUCAAAUAGAAUUACCAACCGAAGAAAAGCCGGACGAGAAACCGGUUGAAACUACUCAAGCUCCAUGGGUUCGUGGUAAAAAGAAACCAGUCGCAAUAAAACUACAGUUGGAAGAAAGACCUUCGGAAAAGAUCGAAAAAACUACAGCAUCUUUGACGGUUACAGAAGAAGUAUCUCAAGUAGAAUUACCAGCUGAAGAAAAGCCGGACGAAAAACCGGUUGAAACUACUCAAGUUCCAUGGGUUCGUGGUAAAAAGAAACCAGUCGCAAUGAAACCACAGUUGGAUGAAAAACCUACGGAAAAGAUCGAAAAAACUACAGCAUCUUUGACGGUUACAGAAGAAGUAUCUCAAGUAGAAUUACCAGCUGAAGAAAAGCCGGACGAAAAACCGGUUGAAACUACUCAAGUUCCAUGGGUUCGUGGUAAAAAGAAACCAGUCGCAAUUAAACCACAGUUGGAAGAAAAACCUACGGAAAAGAUCGAAAAAACUACAGCAUCUUUGACUGUUACAGAAGAAGUAUCUCAAGCUGAAUUAGCAACUGAAGAAAAGCCGGACGAAAAACCGGUUGAAAAUACUCAAGUUCCAUGGGUUCGUGGUAAAAAGAAACCAGUCGCAAUUAAACCACAGUUGGAUGAAAAACCUACAGAAAAGAUCGAAAAAACUACAGCAUCUUUGACGGUUACAGAAGAAGUAUCUCAAGUAGAAUUACCAGCUGAAGAAAAGCCGGACGAGAAACCGGUUGAAACUACUCAAGCUCCAUGGGUUCGUGGUAAGAAGAAACCAGUUGCAAUUAAACCACAGUUGGAAGAAAAACCUACGGAAAAGAUCGAAAAAACUACAGCAUCUUUGACGGUUACAGAAGAAGUAUCUCAAGCUCAGUUAGCAACUGAAGAAAAUAUGGACGAAAAACCGGUUGAAACUACUCAAGCUCCAUGGGUUCGUGGUAAGAAGAAACCAGUAGCAAUUAAAACACAGCUGGAAGAAAAACCUACGGAAAAGAUCGAAAAAACUACAGCAUCUUUGACGAUUACAGAAGAAGUAUCUCAAAUAGAAUUACCAACCGAAGAAAAGCCGGACGAGAAACCGGUUGAAACUACUCAAGCUCCAUGGGUUCGUGGUAAGAAGAAACCAGUCGCAAUAAAACCACAGUUGGAAGAAAAACCUACGGAAAAGAUCGAAAAAUCUACAGCAUCUUUGACGAUUACAGAAGAAGUAUCUCAAACUGAGUUACCAACCGAAGAAAAGCUUGACGAGAUACCGGUUGAAACUACUAAAGCUCCAUGGGUUCGUGGUAAGAAAAAGCCAGUUGAAAAAAAACCUAAGCUCGUUGAAAAACCUACGGAAAAAAUCGAAAAAACUACAGCAACUUUGAUGGUUGAAGAAGAAGUGUUGCAAGUUGAGUUACCAGUUGAAGAAAAAUUCACAGAAUCAACUGAAAAGGUUACAGUCUCUUUGGUUACGAAAGAAGAAGUUUCAUUACCUGUCGUGUCAGUCACUAAUGCCUUAAUGGAAAUUCCGAUGGAAACAAGUGCAGAUGAAGAUCAUUUCGAUAUCUCACUUGAUCGUGUGACAGCUACAUCUCAACUUAAGUAUUGUGCACCAACAAUUACCGAACCAUUCGCAGCGAUUACUGCAGUACCUAAACAACCUCUAAAGUUGACAGUAAAGUUUGAAAGUGUAUCAAAUACGGAUGUAAAAUGGUUUCGAAAUAAUAUAGAGAUUUUAUCUACUGAAAUGCGCAAAAUUAGUACAUUCAACAAUAUUACUGAGCUCAUAAUACAGAGUGUAUCUAAAAAAGAUGCUGGAAAAUAUGAAGUACGAUUGCAAAAUUCUACUGGAGAAGCUCGCUGUUCAGGAACAGUAUCCGUACAAGACACUCAAUCUGAUGACAGUAGGCCACCACGAUUCAUCACACCUAUUCGAUCUCAGAUAAUACCCAUUGGGGAAGUCGUUAUAUUGGAAGCAAUAGUUACAUCUCACCCACCAGCAUCAUUUCAAUGGUUUUUCGAAAAUCAUUUAAUUGAGGCUUCCGACGAUAUUCAUUUGGCUGCUGUAGAUAAUAAGUCAGUACUUAUUGUAAAGGAAGCCAGACUGGAAUAUUCAGGCAUUUAUACUUGUCGGGCUGAAAAUGUAGCAGGAUCUGUAACUAAUUCUGCAACUGUCACCAUUGAAGAGGUCUCUACAGAAGAACAAGUUGAAGGAUCACAUCCAAUUUUUACAAAAAAACUUUUACCAGUUCGUGUCAUGGAUGGCGAAACAGUAAAUUUAAGUUGUAUUGUUGAAGCAUAUCCAAUCCCCAGAGUAGAUUGGUUCCAUGACGGAAAACCAAUAAAACGGCCAAAGCAAAUGAUUAUCAUGCAAAAUUUGCAAGGCUUAUGUAAUUUAUCAAUAAAUGAAGUAUUUCCCGAAGACGCUGGAGAAUAUAGUUGCAAAGCAGUCAAUUAUUUCGGUGAAGCAAUUUGUAGCGCAUCAUUGAUUGUAGAAGCAUAUGAAUACGUUCCAGAUUCAGAAAUAGAAAUUUCUGAAAUUGCUACUUCACUAACAGAACAAAGUGAAUCUGACGAAGAUAAAGUAUCAAUAAAGGAUGUAUCAGAAACUGAAGUACAAGAAUUUGCACCAGAAAUAGUUAAAAAACUUCCAGAAUACAUACCAUCCAUUGAUGGCUCUCUUACAAGGUUGGAAGUACAAGUUCGAGGCCACCCAAAACCAAAAGGAAAAUGGUAUAAACAAGGUUUGGAAAUACACUCAUCUACAGAAUUUCAAAUAGAAGAGCUUGAUGAGGGAACUUCUGUUUUGACGAUUUCUGAAACUUAUCCUGAUGAUACUGGGGAAAUUGUUUUUGAAGCGCAUAAUUCUUUGGGAGUUUCUACAACGAGAACUUAUUUAUCAGUAGAAGGUAUAAUAGGUACAAAAGAAUAUAGAAAACCUGAAUGGGUGUCUCAAAUGGAAGAAAUGCAAGAAGCAUUACGAGCUACUCAAUCAAUCCCUCGGUUUAUACAAGAAUUUACAGACACGUAUACCCAAGAAGGUGAAACGGUUGAAUUUCAGUGUUCAUAUUCCGGUAACCCUGUUCCAGAUAUUACUUGGUUGAAAAACGAUAAGAUUAUAUUGAGUUCUGACAGACUGAAAAUUUUGAUUAACGAAGAAGAUAAAAAAACGUCAUUGAAAAUUAUAUCAGUUGAGCAAGAUGACGCAGGAGAAUAUAUUUGCAAAGCUAUUAGUGAUAUUGGUUUGGCCAUUACGAAAGCAAAGCUUCGAGUAUCAGAUGCUGCAAUAAAGCCGCAACAACAGUCUCAAUCCUCGCUAGAAAUUCAAGAAGAAGUUAAACGAAAAAAAGAAAAAUUAAUUAAAAAGAAAAAGAAAACGGAAAAACAAAAGAGUACUAGUAUUGAUAAGGAUUUGGACAAUAAAAUAAAUCAUAUAAUGAGUGCAGAAAAAGAAAAUAUAGCUCGUGAAGUAGAAGAUGUAAUGGAGCUAUUUAAUGUUCCUGAAUUUGUUUCCGGUAUUGAACCUUUACGAGAACUAGCAACUAUAGGUUACUUAUUGAAGAAAGGGGUUACUACUAUUGAAAUAAACGAGAGUCUUUACAAAACUAAUAAGUUCCCCGCUCUUCAAACACCUGAUGCUCAAAAUGCUCUGGUACAACUCGUUGAAAGAAAGGGGUAUGGUCCCUUGAUUACGCAGAUUUUUUCAGAAGAAACUACAACUGACGAGCAUAUUGUCGCUGCAACAGUAGGAUUUAGAGCUUUUAUAAAGCUUGUCGAACUACAACAUGCUACGGUAGAAGAAGUAAUCACUCAAUUCUUACCGCAAGAUUUCAAACCAAGAUCUUGGGAAUUAUCAGAAGCUACUGAACAUACUGAAAUAACAACUCUGACCGAAACAUUCGAAAUCACCGAACAAAUAGAAGUUCACACACUGGAACGUGAGAGUGAAGCCACAUCAAGACAAUCGCAAGAUGUUCGAGAAAUGAAAGAAUACGAGGACACUCCGCAAGUACACACUACAAAGCGUAAACCAAAAAUUAUAAAUGUAGAAGAACAAAUUCAGUUUGAUAAAACACAUCCAAACAGGGAUGAGGGGGUAACUAUAACUGAAAUAGAAGAUGCUGUAUCAUUGAGCGAAUCACAUGUUCAAGCAGUGGACCAACCGAAAAUCACUAAACCCGCAGAAAAACAAUUAAACAAAAAACACGUCAAGUUCGAGGAAAUCGAACUUAUUGAGCAAGAUGAAAAUAUUGAAACAAUCAAGUUCUUUAAACCUAAAUACUCUAAAACUCAAAAUAAUCUUUCUGAACAAGCAGAUGAAUUAGUGACAGAAGAUUUAACAAAAGCUUCUAUAUUGACCAAUAUUCCCAAUUUGCAGAAUGAAAUUGUUCCAUUAAGUAUGACUGCUAAUCAAGCCGUAGAAUUACCAAUCAGUGUCAAAGCUGGAAUAUCAGUUGAUACAUCCUCAGCAUUAGUUAAAGAAGUUCCAACUGUUCAAGAACACGAAAAGAAAAUAGAAUUUAAAAAUAUUCCAAGUUCAAAACAAGCUUCUAUUUCUUUCACUCCAAAUCAAGUUUAUGCAACUAGUGAGAUGUUUUCUCAAAAUGAAACUAAAACACUAGAAGAACAAAAAAUCCAAAAUGACAAAGCAUUAGUCGGCUUUGAAACUAGCGAAGGAUUGAUAAUAAAUGAAUACAGUGUCACUGAAGCUAAUCCCGAUGAACUUAAUUCAUACAUGCAACGAAAUAUUGAGAGAGCAAAAAUUACCAUGAAUGUACAAGAAGCAAAAGUUAUGAGUGAAAUUCAUGUUGUUGAAAAAGAAACAUCAUCCGAUGAAAAAAUAAUCCCACUGUACGCUAAUAAAAGUAUCAUCCCUCAAAAUUCUGUUUCUGUAACGGAAAUUCAAGACAUGAAUAAAGAAUCAACGCUAGAGGAAACAAAAUCACUAUCAGAACAACCCAAAAUUGAAUAUGUCACUGCUCAAGCACUUUUUGUUCGGGAAUAUUUCGAUACAAAUCAAGUUAGUGAUUAUAAUUCAUCCUUAGUGAAACCAUUAGAAACUGCAACAUCUGAAAUUGUAGAACAACAGAUGAGAUUCACUCAAAUAACAUUAACCGCUGAAAAAGAAAAUUAUUACCAACCUCAAGAAUUUUACAAAACUCAAAAUCCUAAAAUUGGAAUUUCAAAUGCUGGUCAAAUUGUUACAAUAGAAGAACAAAGUAUCCAGGAAAAAGAAGAUCAAUUUUUGAUUCAAAACGUGGAAAUCUUCAAGGUGGAACCAAACUUCAACUUAAAUGAAAGUCUUAACAUAACGAGCGUAUUAGAAGAACAACAAGAAAAUUAUUUCUUGCCAAAAUCAUUAGACUCUGCUGUUGCAGAAAUUAAUUUAAUUGAAAAUGAAUCAAUUUCUACAAUUGAGACAAAUUUAGGUGAAAGUGAAAAUCAAUAUGAUGAAAUUCCAGCUUCUGUGAAAACUGCGAAUGAAACUAUUCUACCAUUCAAAGUUGGAGUCAUGUCAAAAAUUGACAUUCAAGAUUCGUUAGGCAAUUAUGAAGAAAAAUUGACCCCUACUGCAGCGAUCGCAGAAUCUUGUGUUCGACUAAAUGAUCAUUUAAGUAUUUCAGAGAUUUUAACUGCAGAUCAACCUUCUAAGUAUGAAAAAUCGUUAAAAUAUAUUACAGAUCAAGGUACUGUAUCUAUAGAAACAACCGAAGCUAAUAUAACCGAACAGAUAGUAAUUAAUGAAAAAGAGGAAUCCUUACCUCUCGUUUCAAAACCAGAAAAAGAGUUUGGCAGAAUUUUAGUGGAUUGUUCCAAAAGCCUAGAUGUAUCACAAACAAUAGUAGGAGAAAAAGAAGAUUCAUUCAAAGCAUCAGAAAUACCCAAAAAGAAAAAAUGUAAAGAACUUUUUUAUUCUCAGCCGCAUAAAUAUUUUGAGACGAAUGAAACCCAACUAGUAGAAAAUAUUGAAGAAAUAAAGGAAAAUGAAUUUGAAAGCAGUCAAAGAAACGCAAAAACAAACAUUUCAAAAAAUCGCAUGAAUGAAACAGUUAUAGCAGAAACUAUACCUAUGGAUAAUGUUUAUUCAGAUGUUUCAGAAUACACUGUAAAAUCAGAAAUCGCUAAUAUUUGUAUUAAUGAAAAUGACAGCGUAACUAUGACCGAAAUUAUAUUGACUGAAACAGAAUCUGAAAACGCAAGAAUAGAUACAUUAGAAAAUGCAAAUGCAAUGAUAAAUUAUUCAACACAUCCUGUCGCUUCUCAGAAUAUAACUAGAUCAGAAUCACCAACGCAAUUUUUACUACAAGAGAGUAUGGUUCAAGAAAAAAUGAUCAUUCCUUCCCCCAUCCCCUUUGAAAGAGUAUCCAUUUUUGAACAACAAUAUGCUGAAAAAGAAGAUAAUGAUGUUGAUUUCAUACGUCCAGAUGAAAAAUUAGCCAGUAUUAAUUUUUCAGAGAUAACAACUAAUACUACUGCUUUUGAAAUCGUAACUGGAGAUAGAGAAAAACCGUGCAUAGAUUCGGUCGGUAAAACAAAAGAAGAAAUUGCAGACAUUAAUGUAAUAGCUUAUAGAACAUCUGUGAACACUGUAACUGUUCCUCAACAAAAUACAUCAGAUAUGGUAGUUGUAAAACCAAGUAUUGAUGUAGCUUCAUCGCAUCAUAAUACUUUUAAAACUCUUAUUGUUACCGAAACAAAUGCAGCUGAAUCGGAAAAAAUGAAGGAAUUAGAUCAUAUACCGAAAAUCCAGAAGGCUGAAUUGAAGCUAGCAUUGACUGAAAAAGUACCUGUAAAUCAACUGAACACAAUUUUGAAUAAGGAAACUAACUACGAAUCAGAUCACUUAGCAGAAGAAAAUAUUGCAGUAUCUCAUAUUGAAGAAGCGCAUAAAGUGCCUUUCUCAGAAGAAGUAAUAACGAUGUCAGCUGCCGAUAUUUUAAAAGAAAAACCAGUAGUGACAGAAAUAGUUGAUGCGACCCAAAAAAGUCUCGAUGCUGUUCAAACAAGUAUUAUACUGGCUUCUGAAUCAGAAACACCACUCACGAUCGAUGUAAAACCGACUGAAAAAACCAGUAAGGUUGCUUUUGAAGAAAAUAAAUGUAUCGAAAUUUUGUUAACAACGGCUGAAGAUAAAGAAAUAAUCUUAGAAGUACCAAAUAAUUGUUUAGUUAGUCAAGCUGCAAUUGCAUAUGAUCUAUCACAAAUCGCUUCCACUUUUGAAGUAACAAGUACUGAUAAUACCACGAAUUUAGUGGAAGAAGAUACAAAAUCACUCUUGAAAACUUCCGAUAUUUUAUUACUACCUCAUAAAAGCACAGAAAUAUCUGAAACUCAUGUACAAGAAUCUGAAUCUUCAUUGGAUAUUUUCGAAGUACUAAAUAAAAAUGCAAAUAUAUGUUUUGAUUCAAAAAAUACUGUUUCAAUUGAAGUAAUAAAUACACAAGAGCAGGAAACUGAAUUAGAAGUAUCAGAAAAUAUAAAUAUGGCGUAUGCUUUACCUAAUAUAGAUGGGCACGUUAUAGCGGAACAAAGUGAAAUAACACCAGAAACCAGUUCCGAAUCAUUUACUGAAAGCUCAGUUCAAAAAAGCAAAGCUAGAAUAGAGCAUGUACCAUUAAUAGCUUUAAUAACUUCAGAAAUUCCGUUAUCUGAUUCUGAAUGUUCUUUAAUUGAUGUUAGUACUUCAAUUCCGAUCAUUUCAAAUAUUUGCUUUGAAGAGCAAAAUAGUCUGAAGGUUACUGAAAUGAUUCCCUCCGACGUAGAAUUAAAUGAAGUAAAAACUAGCGAAAGAUCACUAAAAACAGCAAAAACCAACUACGAAGGUCAUAAAGUAGCUGAGUCAACAGAAGUUAAUGUAGACAUUUUUCCUGGCAUCAUUCCACAAAAACUUCCGGAUUUUGUAUCUGCUAAAGAACAACGUAAAUUAUUUGAUAGCAUCAUUCAAGAAGAGAAUGUAAUUAUAGAUAGUACGAAAAUGUAUGAGAGUACAUUUAAAAAGCCAUGUGAUAAGGUAAACGUGAAUGUUAAUUCUUGUAUGGGCGUUUCUCAAGUUACAGAAACAUUAGUCGUCGAUAAAGAAAAUAUUAUGAAUGAAUCUAUACAAUCAAACGAAGAAAUGGCACAAGUAAAUUAUGAUAGUCAUAAAGUCGCCGAAAAUUUUGAGAUAAAUUUAAGCAACCGAGUAUCUCUUUUACAAGAAAGUAAACAAGUUCCAAUUUUUGCAAAGACAAAAUCAACUACAUUUGAUAGCUUAAUUACUGAAGAAUUUCAAACUUCCGAAACUGAGGGUCUUCUCCAAGUUCCUCAAUUUCCAAUUUUACUUACUGCUGAUAAUUCCAUUGUACCGUCGAUGAGUAUUGUCGUUACUUCAGUCGUAGCAGAUAAUAAAGAAGUUCCUCUCAAUCAGAAUGAAACUUUUGAAACAAAUUACGUUAAAGAAAAGUUGAUAAGUGAACAUCUAAUACCUGAAGUAACAGAGCAAUUUAUAAAUCACGUAGUAGCUGAUUUAGAAGAAGAUCAAACGAAUUUGAAACAAGUUGCAAUUUCACAAUUUUUAUCAGAAAAUAAUACUUUACAAACAACUUUAAUAGACUCACAGAUCGAUGUUCCAGAAAAUGUCAAAGAAAACUCAACUGAAAUUCAAAUAGCACAAUUAAAACAAGAAACUUUGGUUCCAUUAAUUGUAUCACAAAGUAUUGUAAGUGAUCAAGAAAUUGAAUUAAAAGAUUCAACCUUACCUCUAGAACAGCAUUCAAAUAUACAAAUAAAAAAAUCACAAGGCAUAGAAGUGUCAGAAGUCAUGAUUCAAGAUAAAGAAGAUACUUUUUAUACAAAAGAAAUACCUAAAAAUAUUAUUAAUGCUGAAAUAAGUGAGUUACAUGCUGUAACUGUUUCUGAAUUGUCAUGUCAAGAAAAUGAAUGUAUUCUAAAGACAGAAGAAAAACCAUUUGAACAAACGAUCAGUGAAAGUUUAAUAUUACCUCAUAAAAGUGCCAUAGAAACUGUUGAAGUUUUAUCUUCACUUCAAGCUUCCGAAUUUGUCAAAGAAUUGAUUCCUACAAUGAGUGCCUAUCCGUUUUCAGAACAACAAUCAGCUGUCAUAACAUCAGAAAUAUUAGUAGAUGAAAAAGAAGCCGAUAUUAAACAAGACCAACAAACAAAUAAGAAAAAGGCCAAAUUUGAUAUUAUACCUCAAAGGGUUCCUGAAAUAUCCGAAGUCGAAACCAUUAAUACAUUAAGUGAUAUAAUAAAUGAAAAACCUUUGAUGCAAAAAAGUAAAACAAUAGUACAAGAAAUGUUAUCGCUUAAUGUUUGUCAAGACACACCAUCAGAAAAAGAAUCAGAUUUGAAAAUAUCUGAGCUGCCUUGUAAACAAGAAGUUCAAAUAAGCUUUGACGGUAAAAAGAUAGCAGAAUCAUCUGAAAUUUUAUCAAUGUAUAGUGCACCUGAUAUUUCCGUAAAACAGAUAUCAGAAAAUUAUACCAUUGAAGAAAGUCAAGAUUUGAUUACACCUUUGAUUGUAUCAGAAGUUACCUUUAAUGAAAUUGAACAAAGUUUAUCGAGUGAUAUUAAACUCAAAGAAGAGUCUGCCGAAGUUAACAUAUGUAGUCAAAACGUUCCUAUUAGAACAGAAACAUUAACAAAUUCUAAUAUUGACUCUACAUUUGAGUAUGAAAGUCCAAAACUGAAAACUGGAAAUACUUUGAUAAAUGCUUUACCUUCUGCAUCAACAACGCACGUGAUUCCAUCUGAAGUACCGGGCACAUUAUCAAUUUCGAUAGUACCAAACGUUGUAACAGGCACUCGAAAUAUCGAACAAACUCAAGCAAUUAUAAUUUCUGAAAAUUCUACCAUGAAUGAUGCAGAAGAGUUGCAAGAGAAUUAUGUCCCUACAAAAACACAAGUAAAAGAAGAAUAUCAAUUAGAUAUAUCUGUAACAGUUUCUGAAUCAUUAAUUAAUGAGUCCGAAAAUAUUUUGCCAGAUUUAAUCAUACCAUUUUCAUCUAUCUCUAGUCCCUCUUUUUGUGAAAAAGAUACAGCUUCAACAUCAGAAGUAUACUCAUUUGAAGGAAUAAGUGAGAUUAAAGAAUCACAAGUGCAAUGUGAAGAAAGAAGUCGAACGAAUAUUGAAGGUUUAGUAACUGCUGUGACUUCGAAACCAUUUUUACAAGAGUCUGAAUCAACUACGAAACUAGAACCAAUUUACCUCGAACAAAAUGCAAAAGAAAAUAUUGAUUCAUUAAAAGAAGUAGAAAUAUUGGAAAAUAUACCCAUUAUUGAUACAAAAUCAUUUAAUGUCCCAAAAAUUAAUGAAAGUCGUGGUACGGUACAUUUAGAUUCUCUUAAUAUAAGCACAUCAUCUCAAAUUACAUGUAAUGAGUCUGAAAGUCUACUAGCAGAACAUGAAGUUCCGUUAAAAUCGAAAGCGCUUUGUCAAAUUCUAAAAGAAAAUGCUACCAAAGUUGUAGAAAUUCAACCUUUAGAUAAUCCUUCAAUUUUUGAUAGUGAUAGCGCACCAACAUACCAAGAAGCCACAACUCAAUUACAAGAAUCGGAAUCACUCGAAGUUACUCAUGCUGCAAGUAUUGAAAAUGAGAAGGAACUUUUAGUAAAUGAAAUGCCAACGAAUGUAACUGCAAUCGAAUCAAUGGAAAAAUGUAUUACAAUACAAACUUCAGAAACUACACCUUUUAAUUUUACAGACUCUUUGACUGAUUAUCAAAUUCCUACUUUGAAACAAAGUUUUGAAAAUAUAGAUGCGCAAACUCCAUUAAUUGUUUCCGAAAUUCAAGCUGAAGAAGAUAUUUUGCAUAAGGCUGAUGAAAAUGAAUUCUCCGAUUAUGUAUGUGAUCAAGUAGAAAUAGUAACUAACAAUGUUGCUACAUCUGCCGAAACAAUCUUAUUAUCUUCUACUGAAGAAUUUACCCCUACGUUUGAAUUAUCUGAAAAAUAUGGAAAAAUUCCUUUCGAAGAGAGUCACUCAUUGGACAUAAUUCUCGUAACACCAGCAGAAUCAGAAAAUCAAUUUACACCAAAAAUUGAAAACUUAGUUCAGUUAUCAGAGGGUAAAAUUAUUUGCCAAGAAACCAAUCAAACAUCUGAAACAACUGCGCUGUCGAGUAUUUCUAAUCUUAACGUUUCAUACAAUCCAAUUGAACAAAUCAGUGAAAAACAUUUCAAAGCGCAAGAACAACUCAUGGUUUCGGUAGUAAAUGUAAAUGAGAAAGAAAAUUAUAUAUUUAAUGUUGAUAUGCCCGAAGAAAAAUCUGCUGAUUUAAAUUUAAUUUGUAAUGAAGCAACUGCGAUUAUUGAAGUUACAACCAGUUCAAAUGUUUCUGAAUUGGAAACACGUAUUUUACCUGAAAAUCAAAAUACUAAAACUACUAUACCAUUAAAAUCAUCUAUAACAAUCUCAGAAAUAAUGUCAAGCGAGAAAGAAGUCCCUCUUUCAAACUAUGAAGAAAUAGAAAGUAAAUUUGCUGAAAAAAAUGUUGAAUGUCAAGAAGCAACUCAAAUUUCUUACGUUGAUCACGAGUAUGGCAUCGGAAUAAUCGAUGAAGAUAUGAUUUCCAAGGAAAAAUCAACAAUUAAACAUAUAGAUAGUCUUCAACCUUUAAUACAGUCAGAGAUCAUCGUUAAUGAAGAAGGUAUACCUAUAGAAGAUAUUUUAGCACCAUCGGAAAAAAAUGCUCUUUCAACUUUCAAAGAAACUAAAGUUGCCGAAAAAACCGAGAUAAUACCAAUAACCACUGCAGAAACUUUCAAACGCGAAAAUCAAUUUUCUUUUGAAAACGUAUCGAUACAUUUUGACGAACUAAAUUCAGUAAUAAUAGAACAAUGUAAUGACACUGAAAAAGAAAAAGAAUUACUUAAUACUGAAAUACCUUCAGAAAAAAAUGCUCGAGAAAUGUUCGUUACAAAAGAAGAAAUUGAAAUUACUGAGGCUACACCUACAGAUGAAACAAUUGAGUUAUCAAUACCUUUGGCACCACAAAAAUCUGUAGGUAAAGAAAAUGUUCAAGCAUUUGAAUCACUUAACGUGAGUGAGAUGUUUUCAAGAGAACAAGAAUCUGAUAUUAUAGAAGAAAAUAUUUUCGAUAAUAUGCAAGUACCAUCUUUAAAUAUAUGUCUUAUGUCUUCUGCAGAAGUGACUGAAACAUUAGUCUCGGAAAAAACCGAAAACAUAAUGGAUGAAGGAAAUAAAAGUCAUAUCCCUGGGGUUGUCAGGGAAAUAGUUGAUGAACAAGAAGCAACACAAGUUUUAGAUGCGACACCAGGAAUGACAAUUAGUGCACUCGAAAUUCAACAAAAACCUCUUCAUCAGUCAGGAGAGUUAAUGAUUGAAAAAUUAAACUUUUUAAACGUUUCAGAAACGGUAGCCGAUGAAAACGAAGGACUAACAAACGAUUAUAAAAUUCCAACGCACUAUGAUGCAAUUUCCAAUGUUGUUAGUCUUGAGGUUGCUGAAAAAUCGGAAAUAGUUCCUGAAAAUAAUACGAGUCAAUUGGAGAAAACUAAAGAAACAGAAAAGAUAAAAGUAAAAACUGAAUUUGAUGCAAACAUGACAUCGAUGCUCACGACAGAAGUAAUGAUCCAUGAAAAUGAAAGUAUUUUAGAAGUUUCACAAAUACCAUCUAAGUGUGAAGCUACUUCUCAAUAUUUGAAAAAUGAUGCUGCUCAAAGUUCAGAAAUAGUUCACAUGAUGAAUGUUAGUGAUAUAAAUAAAUUUACCUUGCCUCAAAUGGAAAAAGGAGAAUUAACAAUACAAGAGUCUACAUCGAUAACUACCACAGAAAUAAAAUCGAGCGAAUCAGAAAUUAGUAGCCAGACAUAUGAUACCGAUGAACCUUUUACUGCACAUAUUUCUUUGGUGAAAUCAAAGGCAUUAAAAACUGAAGAAAUUGUACUGGCAGAUAACUUACAAGAUUCACCAGAAGUUCCAACUCAAAUUGAGCAAAAAAUUCUUUUUGAGGUCAUUGAGAAUUCUUCAUUAAUUGUAUCAGAACCAUUAUUAAACACGACAAAAAUACACAUUGAAUUACCUGAACAUGAAAAGGCUGUAAUAACGGUUCCAGAAACACAAGAAGCAGAAUCAAUUGAAAAUAUUACUCUGAACCAUCAAAUGAAUUUAAGUGAAGAGCUAAACAUCAAAUCUCAUAUAACACGUGAUGAUGAAUUGAAAGCCAUUUUGACAUCUUCCGUACAACCUGAAGAACAAACAAGUAAUUUACCGACCAUAAAGCAACCUGAAAUGAAUGAAAGUAAACAAAUUUAUGAAAAUCAAUAUCCGAUCUCAAUAUCAGAAAUUAUUUGCGAUGAAAAUAUAAAAAUAAAUGAUAAAGAUAAUAAAGUUAUACAUCAAAACGCAUGCCUUAUAUUAGAGGGACAAUCAAUUUCUCAAAAAGAAGAGAUCGAAAUUAACUCGAUGCCAAUGGAAUUUGAAACACCUGACAUAACCAGGCCACUAACAGUAGAAAGUUCAAAAGUAGAAUAUGAAGGUUUUGAGAAUCACGAAGCAAUUAUUUUGGAAAAAGAAAAAAACCAAGAAUAUGAAUUUAAUAUUCAAGAAGUAACAGCUGAUAUAGGUAUAGAAAUGCUAAGAAAUCUUAUAACAUGUCACACAACUCCUUGUGAACAAAACUCAGAAAAUACUUUAACAAUCGUUCCCAAAAAAGCAAAAGCUAUUGAGACCAUCAAUCAACAGCAAGUACCAACUCAAGAAGAAAUCGUUUCUGAUUAUUCAUAUGAAGUGUUAACGCAAGAUAAACUCGAUUCUAAAGUAGCACAAUUGAAUUAUAAUACAAAACACAGCCUAACAAUACAAGAACUAAACCUUGACGACCAUGUAACACAACCAUUAGAACGUACAAAACCAAAAUCUACAACAGCAAAUAUUUCAGUUGAAGCUGAACACUUACAGACUGCCGACACAUCAUACGCAUCAAAACAAGCACAAGAAUACACAAAACCGAACAAACCUUUGAGAAAUGAAACACACAACGAUAAACAAAAGCAAAACAAUACCACGAAUACGAUAUCAGAGGAAUACACAACAAGAUUUAUUAAACUAGAUGAUAAUAACACGAAAAGUAUAAAAAUAAAAAAGACCAUUGUUAAUGAUGCAAAUAAUAUCGAAAAUACAAUUAUCAUUGAAGAAGAAAUGGAUCUUUCUGAACAUGAAACAAACCUUGACGAAAAUGAACAACUCAUAACAGAAGAACAGCUACAAUUGCCUGUAAGAUCACAAACCAAAAAUAAAAUUGAACCAACAGUCAGCCUAGUACCACAGGUGAUAAACAUAAUACAAGAAAAUGUACUCGAAGAUGUUGGAAUAUUCGAAAACAGAACGAAUGAUAAUCCAAUAAUAUAUAAUCAGCAAGAUGAACAUGGAAAUGAGAAAGUAACGAUCACGGAGAAGAUUUACAUAGUGUUAGAAAGCCAAAAUGAAGAGAAAAAAGUUAAUAAUAGGGUAGACAAUAUAUCGAACAUCGAAGAGAAACAAAAAAAUGAUAUUCCUGAAAAAACUGAUAUCAUACCUAGCAUUGAGUGCUCAAAACCGACCGAAACGAAAGAGGUCAAAGUUGACACAGUGAUGAAUAUUCAACAAACACCAGAUGCUAUUGUAAAAAAAAAGGUUACAAAACAAAAGGGCAAAAAGCAACAGGUCGUUGAGACUGUAACAGUCGAAGAAGAAGGAAAGGCGCCAAUCACUACCGUGCACGAAGCUCCAGAGUCUGUUAACGACGUUGAUGAAGCCACCGGUAUUAUUCCUAGCAUCGAGUACGCAAGACCGACUGAAACAGAAGGGGCCAAAGUUGAUACCAUUGUGACUAUUGAGCAAACACCUGACGGUAAAGAAAAGAAAGUAACAAAGAAAAAGGUUACGAAACAAAAGGGCAAAAAACAACAGGUCGUUGAGACUGUAACAGUCGAAGAAGAAGGAAAGGCGCCACUCACUACCGUGCACGAAGCUCCAGAGUCUGUUAUCGACGUUGAUGAAGUCACUGGAAUCUUACCUAGCAUCGAGUACGCAAAACCGACUGAAACAGAAGAGGUCAAAGUUGAUACAAUCGUUACUAUUGAACAAACACCUGAAGGUAAAGAAAAGAAAGUUCCAAAGAAAAAGGUUACGAAACAAAAGGGCAAAAAACAACAGGUCGUUGAGACUGUAACAGUCGAAGAAGAAGGUAAAGCGCCAAUCACUACCGUGCAUGAAGCUCCAGAGUCUGUUAUCGACGUUGAUGAAGUCACUGGAAUCUUACCCAGCAUCGAGUACGCAAAACCGACUGAAACAGAAGAGGUCAAAGUUGAUACCAUUGUGACUAUUGAGCAAACACCUGAAGGUAAAGAAAAGAAAGUUACAAAGAAAAAGGUUACGAAACAAAAGGGCAAAAAGCAACAGGUCGUUGAGACUGUAACAAUCGAAAAAGAAGGAAAGGCGCCAAUCACUACCGUGCACGAAGCUCCAGAGUCUAUUAUCGACGUUGAUGAAGCCACCGGUAUUAUUUCUAGCAUCGAGUACGCAAGACCGACUGAAACAGAAGAGGUCAAAGUUGAUACCAUUGUGACUAUUGAGCAAACACCUGAAGGUAAAGAAAAGAAAGUUACAAAGAAAAAGGUUACGAAACAAAAGGGCAAAAAACAACAGGUCGUUGAGACUGUAACAGUCGAAGAAGAAGGAAAGGCGCCAAUCACUACCGUGCACGAAGCUCCAGAGUCUGUUAUCGACGUUAAUGAAGUCAUUGGAAUCUUACCUAGCAUCGAGUACGCAAGACCGACUGAAACAGAAGAGUUCAAAGUUGAUACCAUUGUGACUAUCGAGCAAACACCUGAAGGUAAAGAAAAGAAAGUUACAAAGAAAAAGGUUACGAAACAAAAGGGCAAAAAACAACAGGUCGUUGAGACUGUAACAGUCGAAGAAGAAGGUAAAGCACCAAUCACUGCCGUGCAUGAAGCUCCAGAGUCUGGUAUUGACGUUGAUGAAGCCACCGGUAUUAUUCCUAGCUUCGAGUACGCAAAACCGACCGAAACAGAAGAGGUCAAAUUUGACACAGUCGUUACUAUUGAACAAACACCCGAGAUCAAAGAAAAGAAAGUAACGAAGAAAAAGGUUACUAAACAAAAGGGCAAAAAACAGGAAGUCGUUGAGACUGUGAUAGCAGAAGAUGGUAAUACCAAUGAAAACAUUCAACAAGCCAAUGACUCAGACAAUGCACUACACGUUGCAUUUAUUGAAGACACUAACAUGAAAACCUUACCAAUUGAUAUCAUGCAACAUUCUAAAACACCAAUCACAUAUAUGACACCAUCAAGCGAAACAGUGUCUAGCGAUUCACGAAAAGAUUUACAAGAAAAGGAUGAAAUUCUCGAAGAAGGAUCAGAAAAACUCAAAUAUCAACCACAGAGAGCUGAAAAUAAGAAUCAAGAUAAGAAGCCCAAGAAAAAGAAAGUUGUUUUUAACAUUCCGGAAGAAGAUGAUAUCAAUCGCUCAAAAAUGAUUCGAGAAAAUGAAGAAUCUAAAAUAUCUGAAGUUGUAAAACCCAUCGAAGAACAGCCGCAAAAGAAAUCAGAGGAAACUAAAAUAAAUUUGAAAGAAGAUAAGCCAUCACUUCUGCCAAUAAAAAUAAAACAUAAUAAAAUACAAUCAUCGAAAUUAGUAUAUUCUAAACCAGAAGCUGAAGUUCAGUUUGCUCAAAUUAAAUUAAAAAAGACUGUUGUGCCGCAACGGAAACAAUCUAUUAAGCCAACAAUCCCAAAAAUAAGACUUAAAAGCCAUAUAUCCUUUAUAAAUGAUUGGCCUCCAACUUUGAAAGUUCCUGAAAUAAAGAAGAUAGAAAGAAAUGAAAUUCAAAAAGGAAUUUUAUCGAGAAAUACCAAAGAAGCAGAAAGGUACUUAAAAAAUUAUACAAUGAAGGAAAUACCAGAGCUUGGAUUAACCAAUUUAGAAAAACUUGACCUAGAAUUUUCAGAAAUGAAGAAAGUUCCUCUCGAACAGUUUCAUGAAAUGAAAAGUGAGAAACAAACACAAGAGUCUGAAAAGUCUAGUACUUCCCUCAAUAAAAUUAAAUUAAAGCAAAUGAAAGUCGAUAAAGAAAACAGAGAAAAAACGGAACUUAAACCAAUGCCAAUUCAACGUAAGAAAAUUCAACCGAAAAAAUUAGAAUAUUUAGAACCAGAAGAUGAAAUACAAUUUGCCAAAAUAAAACUAAAGAAGACGGAAGCACCAGAGCGAAAAAGGGAGUCGAAACAGAAAAUACCAAAAGUCCAACUUAAAAGUUGCAUCAAGUUUAUAUCUGACUGGCCUUCUGCUUUAAAAAUACCUGAAAUUAAAACGUUAAAAAAAUUAAAAAUACAAAAAGGUAUAUUAUCGAGAAAUAGGCAUGAAGCAGAAAAAUUGAUAAUUCAGUACCAACAGGACGAUAUAAAAGAGCCAGUUAUAGAUGACACGGUAAAAACAAAAUUGAUUGAUGAAAAAAUUGAAGUGAUGAAAAAGCAGCCAAGCACAGAAGAGACGUCGGCUGAAAUCGUUCUUCCACAGCCUCAGGAAGAAACACCUACAGAGAAACCGGAGGAAAUAUCGUCCACAGAGAUUUCGAUCAAAAAGAAACCAAAAAAGAAACCUACAACCGAGGAACAAGCAGAAGAGGCUAUUACUUUGAAACCAAUCACGACCGAAGAAGAAAUAAAAACAGAAGAAAUCGUUGAAGAAAUCAAAGUGAUCAAAAAGCCCAAAAAGAAACCAAGCACAGAGGAAACGUCUGCUGGAAUCGUACUUCCACAGCCUCAAGAAGAAACACCCACAGAAAAAUCAGAGGAAACAUCGUCUACAGAGAUUUCGAUCAAAAAGAAACCAAAAAAGAAACCUACAACCGAGGAACAAGCAGAAGAGGCUAUUACUUUGAAACCAAUCACGAACGAAGAAGAAAUAAAAACAGAAGAAAUCGUUGAAGAAAUCAAAGUGAUCAAAAAGCCCAAGAAGAAACCAAGCACAGAGGAGACGUCUGCGGAAAUCGUACUUCCACAGCCUCACGAAGAAACACCUACAGAGAAACCGGAGGAAAUAUCGUCCACAGAGAUUUCGAUCAACAAGAAACCAAAAAAGAAACCUACAACCGAGGAACAAGCAGAAGAGGCUAUUACUUUGAAACCAAUCACGACCGAAGAAGAAAUAAAAACAGAAGAAAUCGUUGAAGAAAUCAAAGUGAUCAAAAAGCCCAAAAAGAAACCAAGCACAGAGGAAACGUCUGCUGGAAUCGUACUUCCACAGCCUCAAGAAGAAACACCCACAGAAGUACCGGAGGAAACAUCGUCUACAGAGAUUUCGAUCAAAAAGAAACCAAAAAAGAAACCUACAACCGAGGAACAAGCAGAAGAGGCUAUUACUUUGAAACCAAUCACGACCGAAGAAGAAAUAAAAACAGAAGAAAUCGUUGAAGAAAUCAAAGUGAUCAAAAAGCCCAAGAAGAAACCAAGCACAGAGGAGACGUCUGCGGAAAUCGUACUUCCACAGCCUCACGAAGAAACAUCUACAGAGAAACCGGAGGAAAUAUCGUCCACAGAGAUUUCGAUCAAAAAGAAACCAAAAAAGAAACCUACAACCGAGGAACAAGGAGAAGAGGCUAUUACUUUGAAACCAAUCACGACCGAAGAAGAAAUAAAAACAGAAGAAAUCGUUGAAGAAAUCAAAGUGAUCAAAAAGCCCAAAAAGAAACCAAGCACAGAGGAAACGUCUGCUGGAAUCGUACUUCCGCAGCCUCAAGAAGAAACACCCACAGAAAAACCGGAGGAAACAUCGUCUACAGAGAUUUCGAUCAAAAAGAAACCAAAAAAGAAACCUACAAUCGACGGACAAGCGGAAGAGGCUAUUACUUUGAAACCAAUCACUACCGAAGAAGAAAUAAAAACAGAAGAAAUCGUUGAAGAAAUCAAAGUGAUGAAAAAGCCCAAAAAGAAACCAAGCACAGAGGAGACGUCUGCUGAAAUCGUACUUCCACAGCCUCAAGAAGAAACACCCACAGAAAAACCAGAGGAAACAUCGUCUACAGAGAUUUCGAUCAACAAGAAACCAAAAAAGAAACCUACAACCGAGGAACAAGCAGAAGAGGCUAUUACUUUGAAACCAAUCACGACCGAAGAAGAAAUAAAAACAGAAGAAAUCGUUGAAGAAAUCAAAGUGAUCAAAAAGCCCAAGAAGAAACCAAGCACAGAGGAGACGUCUGCGGAAAUCGUUCUUCCACAGCCUCAAGAAGAAACAUCUACAGAAAAACCGGAGGAAACAUCGUCUACAGAGAUUUCGAUCAAAAAGAAACCAAAAAAGAAACCUACAACCGAGGAACAAGCAGAAGAGGCUAUUACUUUGAAACCAAUCACGACCGAAGAAAAAAUAAAAACAGAAGAAAUCGUUGAAGAAAUCAAAGUGAUCAAAAAGCCCAAGAAGAAACCAAGCACAGAGGAGACGUCUGCGGAAAUCGUACUUCCACAGCCUCAUGAAGAAACACCCACAGAAAAAUCAGAGGAAACAUCGUCUACAGAGAUUUCGAUCAAAAAGAAACCAAAAAAGAAACCUACAACCGAGGAACAAGCAGAAGAGGCUAUUACUUUGAAACCAAUCACGACCGAAGAAGAAAUAAAAACAGAAGAAAUCGUUGAAGAAAUCAAAGUGAUCAAAAAGCCCAAAAAGAAGCCAAGCACAGAGGAGACGUCUGCUGAAAUCGUCCUUCCACAGCAUCAAGAAGAAACACCCGCAGAAAUACCGGAGGAAAUAUCGACCACAGAGAUUUCGAUCAAAAAGAAACCAAAAAAGAAACCUACAACCGAGGAACAAGCAGAAGAGGCUAUUACUUUGAAACCAAUCACGACCGAAGAAGAAAUAAAAACAGAAGAAAUCAUUGAAGAAAUCAAAGUGAUCAAAAAGCCCAAGAAGAAACCAAGCACAGAGGAGACGUCUGCUGAAAUCGUACUUCCCCAGCCUCAAGAAGAAACAUUGACAGAAAAACCGGAGGAAAUAUCGUCCACGGAGAUUUCAAUCAAAAAGAAACCGAAAAAGAAACCUACAACCGAGGAACAAGCAGAAGAGGCUAUUACUUUGAAACCAAUCACGACCGAAGAAGAAAUAAAAACAGAAGAAAUCGUUGAAGAAAUCAAAGUGAUCAAAAAGCCCAAAAAGAAGCCAAGCACAGAGGAGGCGUCUGCUGAAAUCGUACUUCCACAGCCUCAAAAAGAAACACCCACAGAAAUACCGGAGGAAAUAUCGACCACAGAGAUUUCGAUCAAAAAGAAACUGAAAAAGAAACCUACAACUAACGAACAGGCCGACGAGUUGUCAAUCAAAAAACCAUUACCAAUGGAAGAUGAGGUCAAAGUAGAAGAAGUCAUCGAAGAAGUUUCCAUUGUUGCAAAGCCGAAAAAGAAAACUAGUGUUGAUGAAAUUCAUUCCGAUGUCAUUCUAUUAAAACCUAAAGAAGAAACACCCGUCAUUACUUCUGAGGAAUCUUCAUCAGCUGACGUAACACUCAAGAAACAGCCGAAGAAGAAACCGUCAACUGACGAACAGGCUGAUGAGUUGUCAAUCAAAAAACCAUUACCAGUGGAAGAUGAGGUCAAAGUAGAAGAAGUCAUUGAAGAAGUUUCCAUCGUUAAAAAGCCGAAAAAGAAACCUAGUGUAGAAGAAUCGCAUUCCGACGUAACUCUAACACAGCCUAAAGAAGAAAAACCCAUCAUUACUUCGGAGGAAUCUUCAUCAGCUGACGUUACACUCAAGAAAAAGUCGAAGAAGAAACUGACAACUGACGAACAGGCCGACGAGUUGUCAAUCAAAAAACCAUUACCAGUGGAAGAUGAGGUCAAAGUAGAAGAAGUCAUUGCAGAAGUUUCCAUCGUUAAAAAGCCGAAAAAGAAACCUAGUGUAGAAGAAUCGCAUUCCGACGUAACUCUAACACAGCCUAAAGAAGAAAAACCCAUCAUUACUUCGGAGGAAUCUUCAUCAGCUGACGUAACACUCAAGAAACAGCCGAAGAAGAAACCGUCAACUGACGAACAGGCUGAUGAGUUGUCAAUCAAAAAACCAUUACCAGUGGAAGAUGAGAUCAAACUAGAACAAGUCAUUGAAGAAGUUUCCAUCGUUAAAAAGCCGAAAAAGAAACCUAGUGUUGACGCAACUCAUUCCGACGUAACUCUAACACAGCCUAAAGAAGAAAAACCCAUCAUUACUUCGGAGGAAUCUUCAUCAGCUGACGUUCCACUCAAGAAAAAGUCGAAGAAGAAACCGACAACUGACGAACAGGCCGACGAGUUGUCAAUCAAAAAACCAUUACCAGUCGAAGAUGAGGUCAAAGUAGAAGAAGUCAUUGAAGAAGUUUCCAUCGUUAAAAAGCCGAAAAAGAAACCUAGUGUAGAAGAAUCGCAUUCUGAUGUAACUCUAACACAGCCUAAAGAAGAAAAACCCAUCAUUACUUCGGAGGAAUCUUCAUCAGCUGACGUUACACUCAAGAAAAAGUCGAAGAAGAAACCGUCAACUGACGAACAGGCUGAUGAGUUAUCAAUUAAAAAGUUUUUACCUACUGAAGUCAAGGUUAAGGUUGAUGAAUUCGAAGACGAUUUAAUCAUUCAAAAACCUACAAAGGAAUCAACAUCGGACGAAACUGCUUCUGAAAGAAUAGCUCCAGAACUACUUGGACAGGAGUUGUCAGGUGAAGUUGAAUAUCUUUUGAAAAGGAGACCUCCCGCAGUGUCUCCGAAGCCUAUUGAAGAUAUUUAUGAGGACGUUACAAUUAAGAAGCUUAGGCCACGUCCUAAAAUCAGCCCUAAUUUAAAUGAAAUAACUGAUGUCCAGUCAGUUACUUUUCGGCCUCGGAUAACAAAAAGUCAAGAAUGUGUUGAACAAGAAUUUAAAAUUUCACUGAAUUCUUAUGAAGAAGAAAAUUUAUCUCUAACUGGAAAAGUGAAACUUAAACCUCAAAAGAAAAAACUCACUUUUUCGGAAGAAUCUAGCGAAGAAACAAUUAAUAUUCUAGAUGUGAACAGAGAUUCGGAAUCCGAUGCUGAAGUUGAUGAAUACAUUAUUAAUGAAUUAGAAACAGAUUUUAUGAGUUUGCCUUUAAAAAGAAAAGUAGGCGUUCAACAUAUUCCUGACGAUGCGGAAAACACAAAUAACGAUGUGCUUGUAUCUAUGAAAGCUCCCAAAAAAUACUCUGUUGGGGAAACAGAUGAAAGUGUGGCCUUGCACCUCAAAUCUCAAAGAACCUCUACAUUUGAAGAAGAAGCAGCUCGUCUAAAUCUUGAAAAGCCGGAGGUAUCGAUUGAUGAAGACACUGAAAAUUACUACACCAUUGAAGACGGCGAUGUGAUGAUCUCAAUCUGUUCAUAUACUGCUGAAACUUCUGAAGCCAUUAAUUUAGUCGAAGGCGAAAAAAUUUAUGUUUUAGAUCAUUCAAACUCUGAUUGGUGGUUUAUUAAAAGAAUAAAUACAGAAGAAAAAGGUUGGGUGCCUGCUCAAUACUUACUUCCAUUAACGCAUUAUUCUCGUUACUUAGAAAAAAAGUUAAACGAUAAAAUAAAUAAAUUACCAAUCUUUGAACAAUCUUUAGAAUCUUCGAAUAUAAAAUCGACUGUUCCAAAAUUCAUAAAAGAAUUAGAACCAAUAUGCACUUCUGAUGGAUACACAGUGCAAUUUGAGUGUCAAGUAGAAGGAUUCCCUAGACCUAAUAUAACAUGGUUUAGACAAGCAUCUAUUAUAAAAUCAUCUUCCGACUUUCAAAUGUUUUAUGAUGAUGAUAACGUUGCAACGCUUAUAAUUAAAGAAGUAUUUCCAGAAGAUGCUGGAACUUUCACUUGUGUUGCAAAAAAUUCAGUAGGGUUUGCAUCUAGCACUACUGAUUUAACCGUGACAGUUAUGGAAUCGGACAAUGUACAUGACAUAGCUACGCUUUCAAAGAAAAGCUCUUCAAGAGAGUCUUCAUUAACUGACAUACUAGAAGGAAUACCUCCAACAUUCUCUCGUCAAGCCAAAGCCGUAUGCGUUAAAGAAGGAGAUGAUCUCGUGUUAGAGUUUCAUUUAGUUGCAGUUCCAGAGCCUGACAUGACUUGGUUUUUGAACAAAAAUAUCCUGACAACUUCAGAAAAUAUAAAAAUUUCAAUUGAAAGUGAUAUCCACAUGUACUACAGUUCUCUAAAAAUUAAAAAAAUAUUGAAGAGUCAAGAAGGACAAUACACACUUUUAGCCAAAAAUAGAGAAGGAGAAUCAAUGAUUCAUAUCCCAGUUAAGGUACAAACCGAAGAUAAAGAACCGCCAGAAAUAUUAGAACAUUUAAAAUCUUAUGUUAUAAGAGAGGGUGAAACUGUGAUACUAUCUACUCAUAUAGUAGGUAAUCCAUUACCAGAAAUAUCUUGGUUUAAAAAUGGACAGCUUUUAUCGAGUACUUUGACGAAAAGAGAUGGAUGUGUCAAUUCAUUAACUCUUAUCCAAUCGCAAUUAUCAGAUACAGGAGAAUAUUCUGUAGUGGCUACGAAUAAAUUAGGGAAAGCAGAAACUAAAGCAACUCUGACAAUUAAAGAAUUCACAUCUACGGACCAAGUUUCAAGGGAACCAAAAGGUUGGACCGAUAAAAGUUCUUGGCUUCGGAAUCACCAUAAAGACGCUGAUAUUCAUUUUUAUGCUAGAUCCCGACUCUUACGAAAAGAUGAAUAUUUUUUCCAAAUUUGGCACACUUUGUAACAUCUUUGUCAGUAACCAAUAAGCAUUUUAUUAAUCAAUAACAAACUCGCUUUUUUAUGAUAUAUUACAAAUAAAAAUAUCCUUGAUAUCGAAUAAAAUGUUGUAAAUUAUCAUUCAAUUUCUAAACAUAUUUUGUAGAUUACUUCAUGAGCUUGUAACCUAAAUAUUUUAUAAUCUAUGGAAAUCUUUGAUGUUUAUAUAAGGUCUCAUGAGAAGUUUGUAAGACUACUUAAGUCAUCAUUUUACUAUGAUACAACAUUGAUUUGAAAGUCACUAAUUAGUAACUAGUCACUUUAUAGAACAAGUCAGUCUCACUUGAAAACAUUUGUUUAUAUGUAUGAAAUAUGCAACAUAUUUAUUUUCUUUAAAGUAUAUUUAAUGUUUAAAUAAAUUUAACUAUAGAAAAAUUUAUAAACGAGAAAUAUUUUUAAAAAUUUCUUAGAAUUGUAUGAAAUGUGAUAGUGCGUCUACAAACUAUUACGACGUGUAUGUCUUCUACAGAUUAUACAAGAUUAUAUUAUAAAAUGGAGAAAUGUUAUUUUAUGUACCCUUUUUUCCUGUGUUGGAAAAAAAUAUUCCUGCAAACUAAUGAACGUUUCACCGAUAAUUAUAAGAUAUCAAAAUUCGAUGUAUAUGUACUACAUUCAUGUAGGAAUAUUUUAUUGUUAGUAUGCGAGAAUGCCUGUGAGUGUUGGUUUAAUGAGACGUAAAUAUAGGUGCUUCUGUUGUAAGAAAAACCAACAUUUAGAGGCAUUCGCAAUAGUUAAAAAAAAUAUUUUAUUGAAAUGUAUCAACUUGAACUGUAAAUAAAAAUUUAUUCUUGAA